AGAUAAUGUCAACUGGACUUCGCUCCACUCGAGUUGAAUUUUGCGUGACUUAUACGUCACCCAAGACAUUCGUACAGCUAUUCGGGUACCAAUCGAGUGAAGAAUUUGAACAUAACGUUGUAGCGUUAGCCUGGUUAGCUAGCUAGCUAGUCAUAACCGUGACAAUAGUGAACCAGUUAUGGGUCGACACUCAUCGAGCAGUGAAGGUGAAAGCCGCAGCAGAAAGAAGAAAAAACAGCGUCGCCGUUCGUCUUCAUCUUCCUCUUCGUCAUCCUCGUCCUCCGGGAGCAGGGUGACAAGCAGUCGGAGCCACAGAUCAAGCCGCCGGAGCCGCUCACGUUCACGGGACAGGAGACGAAAGAAGUGUUCGAGCAGCAGCUCAUCCCGAAGUUCAUCUCGCAAAAGGAGAAGUCGUAGUGGUGACAAGGGAAGGAGCCACCGCUCACACAGGACACGUAGCCGGGACAGAAGGUCUCGUUCUCGCCACCGACGAUCUCGCAGCAGGAGCGGCAGCCGCAGUCGCCGAGGAAGCCACGGGCGCCGAAGGAGCCGCAGCAGAGACCGGGCCCGGAGCAGACAUAAAGGCCGAGAUAAAGACAAGGGACGGGAUCGGGACAGAGACAGAGAGAAGACCAAGGACAAGGUGGAGAAAAAGGGGGAUUCUGCUGUAAGCAUGAAAGCAGGAUUGGAGCAUCUGACACCAGCGGAGCAGGCUAAGGUUCGAAUGCAGUUGGUCCUGCAGGCUGCAGCUAAAACGGAUGAAGUCCUGAAGGCCAAAAUAGCCAAGCAAGAGCAGGAGACCCGAAAAAAGCGGGAUAUAGAGGGAACUUCUCUCGAGGACCAAGUGCGAAGGAUAAAAGACAUCGAGGCUAUCGAGAGCGACUCCUUUGUUCCACAGGCUUUCAAAUCAUCCCGGGACGACGUCAAGACUGACCCUGUGGUGAAGCAUGAGUCGGACAGGAUGGAUGACGCCGACCUCGAUUUUCCCCUGUCCAUUGUUUACAACGACAGCGACACUUUGGCUCAUCCCGCUCUGUUCAUGGACAAAGAGAAGGCUGAGGAGAUGUGGCUCAACAGGCUUAUUUCAUUGCGUCAGGAGAGGCUAAUGGGAAGUCCUGUGUCCUAACAAGGAACGCCAGGAUCGCCGUCCUCUUCUCAGGAUACCUUUGUUUGGGGACAUUCAUCACUGUUCUACAGAAUUGUUGCUUCAUUUUAGUCCGUCUGUUCUAUUGGGAGUUUAAGCAUAUUGAAUCCACAAUGUGAAUUUGGUUUAACUGCUG